CCGCUCCGUUACACGAAGACAGAACAAGAGAGCGAGGGCGGACACCAAUCCAGAUUUCAGUUUGUUUCCCCCCAAAAACAAUCGCUCGCAAUUCUUCCUUCAGGAAACACCUUCUUCCUCUUCUGUUUUUGUUUCUGCUCGAUUUAGAUCCGUUAAUUUUCGGAUCUAGGGUUUCGAAAGGGGGCGAGAUGUACAACGGAAUAGGGUUACAGACUCCGAGGGGGUCGGGGACCAAUGGCUACAUCCAGACCAACAAGUUCUUCAUCAAAUCGAGGACCGGGAAGGUCGCCGACUCCUCCCGUGGAUUUGACGACGACCAGGGCACCGGCGGCGUCACCAAGAAGCCCAACAGAGACAUCCUCGAGCACGAUCGAAAGCGCCAGAUUGAACUCAAGCUCGUCGUCCUAGAAGAUAAGCUCAUCGAUCAGGGUUUCACCGAUGCUGAGAUCGCCGAGAAGCUCGAUGAGGCUCGGAAGACUCUCGAAGCCGCCGCCGUAGCUUCGGAGGAGGGUGGCGGACCAGGCGCCGUUGUGGUUUCCGAUAAGAAGGUUUCAGAUACACAGACCCACCAAAUUGCUGCUAGGAAGGAGAAGCAAAUGGAAACAUUAAGAGCUGCUCUCGGGCUAGCUGCGCCCGAAUCAGCUGACAAGAAUACUGAUGAGAUCGAAGAUGGACAGAUAAGUAGUCGAAAGAAAGGUCCAGAAGAUGAUGGCAAGUUUCAAGAGAGAAGUGAGCAUGCAUUUUUGGACAGGGACUACGUGCGGAACAAGCAUGCCGAGGAAAAGCAGAAAUCUGAAAAGGAUGAUAAGAAAAAGAGUGUUAAAGAAUCUAGGCGGAACAAGAAGGAGGAAAGCAGGAAGAGAAGGCAUAAGUAUGAUUCUUCCGAUACCGAAAGCAGUGGUGGUCCUCCUCCCAAGGCUGAUAAAAAGAAGAGUCGUGGAAGUAGCAGCAGUGACGAAGAUGAUUCUGAAGUUGAACUUGACAAGAAGCACAAGGUUGCAAAGAAGCAUGAGAAGAGAAGAAGUAAGAACUCUGAUGAUUCUGAUUCUGCUUCAAGUGAUGAUGAUGCUAGGAGGAACGGUGCACGAAAGAAAGUUGAAAAUUUCAAAAAGCCUCAAAGGAGGCAAGAUUUAGAUGAAGCUGAUGUUGGAAAGAGGCAGAAGGUUGUUAAGAAACAUAGUAGGAGCAGAAGGGAUGGCACUGAUGAUUCUGAUUCUGCUUCAAGUGACGAUGAUGCCAGGAGCGGCGGUGCAAGAAAGAAAGUUGAGAAAUUCAAAAAACCUCAAAGGAGGCACGAUUCAGAUUCAGAUGAUUCUGAAGCUGAUGUUGGCAGGAAGCAGAAGGUUGUUAAGAAACAUACUAGGAGCAGAAAGGAUGAUUCUGAUUCUGCUACCAGCGAUGAUGAUGCUAGGAGGGACAGUUCAAGGAAGCAAGUUGAGAUAUUUAAAAAACCUCAGAGGAGGCAUGACUCAGAUGAAGAUGAUUCUGAAGCUGAUGUUGGCCAAAAACAGAAGGUUGAAAAGAAGCAUAUUAAAAGUAGAAGGUAUGAGACUGAUGAUUCUGAUUCUGCUAGUAGUGAUGAUGGUGCCAAGGACAGAUCCAGAAAGGAAGUAGAGAAAUCCAAACAAUCUCGUAGGAGGCAUGAUUCAGAUGAAGAUUCUGAUUCUGAAGAGAAGGGUUUAAGAUCUAAUGCAGUUGAAGGUUAUGAAAUAAGUCGUCAAAUUGAUGAUGACAGGUAUCGUCCAAACAGGGAUGAUCAGAAGUAUUCAGGAUUGGAAAGACCUACAGGAGGGCGCGAGGACAAAAUUUACAGCAAAGAUGUUGAACCAGAAGGGGGUAGUACAAGAGUUAAUCAGGAUUAUGGAGAGAGAGGAGUUAAAACCUACACCAAGGAUGAUCAGGAACACAGAGCGAGAAAGUAUGGAAGGUAUGAAGAGGAUGAUGUAGGGCAUGGAAGGCACAGCAAGGAUGAAGAGCACAGGGGAAGGAAGCAUGGAAGAGACGAAGAGGAUCAUGGAGGGCGUGGAAGGCACAACAAGGAUGAAGAAUACAAGCGAAGGAAGCAUGGGAUAAAUGAAGAGGAAACUGAGUACAGAAAGGUGGAGGAUAACAAAGAGGAGCUUGGAAAUAGAAAACCUAGAAAAAUGGAGGAAGAACGGGAAAAUAAGAAUAUGGAUAGAGACAUGGAUUACAAGAGAGCAAAAUAUGAUGAUUCUCGAUCAAUUGAGAGGAGGCGCGAAAGUGAAAAACGCAAUGGAAGAGAUGAAGAGGAUCGUGGAGGGCGUGGAAGGCAUGACAAGGAUGAAGAGUACAAGGGAAGGAAGCAUGGAAGAGAUGAAGAGGAAAAUGAGUACAGAAAGGUGGAGGAUAACAAAGAGGAGCUUGGAAAUAGAAAACCUGGAAAAAUGGAGGAAGAACGGGGAAAUAAGGAUGUGGAUAGAGACAUGGAUUACAGGAGAGCGAAGUAUGAUGAUUCUAGAUCAAUUGACAGGAGGAAUGGAGAGGAUGUUGAAGAGGAGCGUGGGAAUAGAAGGCCUGGAAAAGUAGAAGAAAGAGGAAGUAAGGAGACUGAAAGGGAUAGACACCUUGAUUACAAGAGAGCAAGAUAUGAUGAUUCUAGAUCAAGCGAGAGAAGGAGAUAUGGAAGUGACAAACAUAAUGAUGGUCGUUCCAGGCAUCGAGACUGAUAUGGUGUUAUGUUGCAGGUUUUAUCGUGCCAAGGCCUGUCGGUGCUUGCUAAGACAAUGGAGUCAUUGACUACUGGGAGCUAAAUGGAGAUGGAAUAUUAGCUCGAUAAGUUAUUGUAUCGCACUUUGAGUUGUAAUGUUUUGGUUGGAUCUGUAUGAAGAUCGUGCAACUUAUUUGUAGUAUGGUUUAGUAACGCAGUUUAUGUUAUGCGGUAAUGUUUUAGCA